AUGACAACAUACGAAAGAAUUGAACAACAAAUACAAAAAGUAGAAGGAAAGUACGAAGCGACGAACGAAGUAAAGAAGAAUUUGAGGAAGUUGAAUAGUCAGAUAAGACGUGAAAAAGAUGAGGAGGAAAGGAAAAUUUUGGAAGGGGAUAUAGGAGAUAUGGAAGAGAAGAGAGACGAAUUGGAGAAAGAAAAGGAAGAGAAGACAUGA